GUCGUUUGUCUGGGGCUUCCAAUUAGCGAUGGGCGGCUUUGGACGAUCGCUGGUUUGCUUGGUGAUUUUGCGGAGUUUGGACGUCUUCGUCGGAGGGGCUCAGGAUGUCGGGAGUCCUCUGAGGGUGGCGCAAUGUCGGGCUACUUGCUUGGAAAGGUUCUCUAAUGACGGCCCGAACGGGGAGUCGAUGUGCUUGCAGGGACCCGAUUGUUUCAUGUGCUGGGAGAACUGCGAACUACUCCAGUCGAAUUUCCAAGUAUGGGGCGCCAUGUGCGAGGAAAAAGAGAUAUGCUUCCCCGGCUGCCAAGAGGCCUGCAGGUUCCACGCGAUGGCCGCCGCGAGGACGCAGCAAACCGAGCCGGUGAUACACACCAAGGGCGAAGGGGUGAUCCGGGUGUCGGGGGCAUUGGCGCGCUGGCCUCGGCCCUCCUCGGUGGAGGCGCGAACGCCGCUGGUCUACGUCGUCAUGCGCAAGGCCCAGAACGGACCGUGGAGGCAGAUCAUCCAAACGCUGGACCACACGACGCGGGUACCGCUGGACUCCGACCGAACCGACGCCAUGCUCAGGGUUCUGGUGGUGGACCCGCAGGGCCUGGUCACCAUCUACAGCCCCGACGAGGCCAGCUCGAGGACCAACAAGAAGAAGAAGAAGACCAUCAAUACGGAAAUUAAAGCGACCACCAGCAAGACGUCGGGGCCGGAGACGUGGACGUUGAAGGAGAUCUCGCUGAUCCAUCAGAAAGUGCUCGUCAUAGCGGAGAUCGCUUGGGAGCCGAGAGCCAAUCACGGCGUGUACUUGGUCACUUGGGAGGUCGACGGGGGCGGCUUGAAGGGCAACCUAUUCACCGAUUCGACCUGCGUCACUCUGUCCCUAUGGCCGGACACGAUUUAUCACAUCCAAGUGGAGCUCGUCUCCCGCAUCCCCGGAGUGGAAAACUUGAAGUCCGACAUGAUGGAUUUGGACACUGGCAGGGCGCAGAAAGUUUCGACCGAAGAGAGCGAAAUCAACCUCGUGCCGGACGAAGAUUCGACGGGCAACUCGCCGCUACUGUCCGUUCUGUUCAGUGCCGUGCGCGGUAAAAAUUCGCGCGGCGACCAUCGGAAUUUGGAGAUUAUUUUGGGCGGGUGUAGUGCCGUUUUGUUGUUCGCCGUCGUGCUGGCGAUAGCGGUGUUUAGGUGUCAGAAGAACAGAAGAAGAGGCUCGGCCGUCGAUAACAUGAUAACGGGAUCGACGUCGAUUAGAAGUAAGAAGCUGGUGGAGGACUUUCCGCUACAUAGAGAUUUCCAGCCGAUAAUCACGGUGCUGGGCCCUUCGGCGGCCAUCAAGAGCGGCCUGGAGGCUCCGGAUGUGAUUUUUCCGGUCGGUCAGACAACGAGCCGGAGCGACAAGACCGUCGAGGUGUGACACAGCCGAGACGCUUACUGAGCGGUGUUCGCGCGUCGAGGAAAACUCGUUUCCUUUAAGACUGAUAACGGACGAAAGUAGGUGAGAAAGACGCGGCGAAUUUUCGAUGACUGAUUAGAAGAAUAAAUUUUAAUAAAUCCAAUCUCUAUAUGUAUAAAAAAUGUGUGUGUAUAAAAAACUAGUCCAAAUCAUACGUCUGUCGAGGUUUGUUAGGAUGUAAAACGCGCUGGUUCGAUCGUUGUGUUGGGGGAAUUUUUGAAAAUCUAUUUUGAAUAAGCUUCGAAUUUACUAGUCUUCUUGAAUUUUUGCACUUUACCUACCUUUUCGCCAAUCAUUUAAAAACGAAGAUUUUAUUAUUAUUUAAUAAAAAGUAGUAAAUCAAAAAAUUUUUAUACAGUACAUCACAAUUUUCCGGAUAGUGGAG